CCACCUCUUUAAUGACUGUUGAAACCUCAUUGAUCUUCCGAAUCUCUCACUCGAUCCUCCUCUCAUUCAAUUCAAUUCAUUUCAACCCUCAAAAACAACAACCUCUCUCUCUCUCUCUCUCUCUCUCUCUCUCUCUCUCACACACACACACACACACACACACACAAAAACACUACGGUAUAUAGAGAGAGCUAGCUAGUUGGAGUUGCAUGGAAUAGUGAGAAGCUCAUAACCAGCAGUUGGGUUGCUCAAAAAAUCUCUGUGUUACUCAUACUCAACUUCCAACUCUGAACCUAACCUGCUCCUACUUAUCAUUCUAUCCAUCCUUGCCAUUAGGCUAACUCCAGCGUUUUGAAUCCUUGAUCUAGCUAGGUUUCUACAACCAGGGAUUUACAUAAACAUCACAAGGAGUUCGAAAGAACCAAAAGUUUUUUAUCCUUCUACUUUUUGUGAGGAUGGGAUGGGUUUUGGGAUGUUGGGUUUUGGUGGGAAUUCUUGUAGGAUCAUUGUAUUGGUUUAAGGACCAGAACAAGAAAGAGAGGGAAAAUCAAAAGGGUCAAGUUCCAAAAGGGAAGUUAGGUUGGCCUUUCAUAGGAGAAACCCUUGACUUCAUUGCUUGUGGCUACACCUCUCGACCUGUCAGCUUCAUGGAAAAACGCAGAUCUCUGUAUGGAAAGGUGUUCAAGACUAACAUAUUGGGGACUCCUAUCAUAGUAUCCACGGAUGCUGAGGUGAACAAGGUGGUAAUGCAAAACCAUGGAAAUACUUUCAUUCCUGCUUAUCCGAAAUCAAUUACAGAACUGAUGGGAAAAUACUCCAUUCUCCAAACAAAUGGAAGCCUUCAUAAGAGAGUGCAUGGACUCAUCGCUGGUUUUCUGAAAUCACCACAGUUCAAAGCUCGAAUCACCACCGACAUCGAAAACUCAAUCAAACUCAACUUGGCUCUUUGGAGAGACAUGCAGUCUCCCAUUUACGUCCAAGAUGAAACCCAAAAGAUUACCUUUGAAGUACUGGUUAAAGUAUUAAUGAGCGUUAAUCCUGGUGAAGACUUAAACCUUCUCAAGAGAGAAUUUGAAGAGUACAUCAAAGGAUUAAUUUGCAUACCUAUCAAGCUCCCUGGAACAAGGCUAUAUAAAUCUCUCAAGGCUAGAGAGCGAUUGUUGAAGAUGGUGGGGAAGAUAUUAGACAUGAAAAAGGUAGCAAUGGAGAAUAUAAAUUGUCCUCAAAAUACAAUUCCAGUAAAAGAUGCAAUGGAUGUGCUGUUAGAAGGUGGUGACCAAAACAACGAGGCUCAAGGCCUGCCGUUGGAUUUCAUCACCGGAAAUAUAAUAGAGAUGAUGAUCCCAGGAGAGGAGACUGUUCCCAUGGCCAUGACCCUAGCCGUCAAAUUUCUAAGUGACAGCCCUGUGGCCUUAGACAAAUUACGGGAGGAGAACAUGGAAUUGAAGAGGCAGAAGAAGAAGAAGACUGAUUCCACGGAAAAUUAUGCAUGGACUGAUUACAUGUCCUUGCCAUUUACUCAAAAUGUGAUAAGUGAGACUCUUAGAAUGGCAAAUAUCAUCAAUGCUGUUUGGAGAAAAGCUCAAAGGGAUGUUGAAAUCAAAGGUUAUUUGAUACCAAAAGGAUGGUGUGUCUUGGCAUCUUUUACUUCUGUUCACAUGGAUGAAGAAAACUAUAAAAACCCAUACCAGUUUGAUCCUUGGAGAUGGGAGAAAUUAGAAGCUGCUGUAAACUACAACACUAGUUUUACACCCUUUGGUGGAGGACAGAGGCUGUGCCCUGGUUUGGAGCUAUCCAGGCUUGAAUUAUCAAUCUUUCUUCAUCAUCUUGUCACCAAUUAUAGAUGGGUUGCUGAGAAGGAUGACAUUGUUCACUUUCCAAUGGUCAAGAUGAAGAGGAAGUUGCCCAUUAAAGUCACGUCCAUAAACACUUAGAAAGUUAGUUUUAUCUGUACAAAUAGCAACCAGUUGAAUAAACAAAGAGUUACUAGGAUCACCCACACAUGCGCAUCACAAGCAUUAGUGGCCAGGACUAGCUUCCCGUCAUGCUGUCACAGGCAUGCACGACUGAUCCUAGCAUUUUUCCGAACUAUAAAAGACCAAUCAUGAAAUCUAACAAGCCCCCAUGUUAAGUGUAUUAUACUAUUAUAGGGUAGUUCUUGUGUCGCCAUCUUGUAAAUUGCAGGUGCUUUUGGGCCCUUUGGCUGGCUCCUUCUUCUUGGCCCUUGAAAAAUUGAAUGCAAUUAUACAA